AUGGCGGUGGUUGGAAAACCUAAACCCAAUCGGCCCGCGGGUGCGAGCUUUAAUCAAAAGUUCCAAGCCGUCCUGCACCUGCCCGGUUUGCAGGUUGUGUUUGAUCAUCGGAAGCACCCACUCGAAAGGAUAUUCUGGGUGUUCAUUAUCCUAGCGGCGAUCCGGGGCGUGCUGUUCCUCGGCCAGUUCCAAUACGCCCGGUACGGCGCCAACCCGACCGCAAUCCAGAUGGAUAAAAACUACCGCGACUGGAUCGGCAUCAUGCCCGGUCUAACGUUCUGCUUUCACGACCGAGUCGACUGGCAGCGGGCUCAGGCCUACCUGGAGCGAAUUCACCUCAGCGGGGUGAGUUCAGGAUCCAAUAAUGGGUCCACCAGACGGCAGACCUAUCUCACCGAUUUUGUACAAACGCUCGUCAGUGCGACCGCCAUGGACUUGGGCAAUCUGUCGCGUUUCCUCAACGACUCUCGUCUGGCGACUGGAAUCGACGUCCUGGAGCUGAUCAGUGCGGUGCAUCCGAGCCACGACAUCACUAUCCACAGCUUCCAACCGGAGCAAAAGGCCGGCCUACUGCAGGUGUAUCAGAUCGUCACCGAACGAGGCAUUUGCUAUGCGCUGAAUGCGCCACUCUCCUUCCUGCAGCGCGUCAACGCAACCGCGCGGAUGGUUUCCGAGAAGGACGCGCCUGGCUUGAAAGUCAUAUCGUGCGAAUUCAGCAAACAUCACUGUUACAUGAAGCUCGACAUGUAUCGGUCAACAGUGUCGUACACCAUACACUCGCCAUAUGAGGUAGCAACCAACGAUCAGCUGUUCACCCACGUGGAGGAGUCGGACGAACAGGUCGCUGUGUACAGCGUGCUCGAGACGGUCGCCAACGAGCGGUUGAAGGAUCUGACGGUGCGGCAACGUAAUUGUAUCUUUUACGACGAAGUCUACGAACAGCUGCCGUUUUACAGUCGCAACCUGUGCAUCAUGAGCUGUCGGGCGAGACGUGCCCUAGCGGCUUGUCGUUGUCGACCACACUUUUAUCCGUUCACUGAGGGACCGCCAUGCACGGUGCGAGGACUGUACUGCCUACAGCAACAUCCCGACUGGUACAGCGACAUCGGCUGCAAAUGCCUCAAAUCCUGCACCGACGUGGGUUACUACGUGUCAUCGCUCAGUAAAACGCAAUGGACGGCCGACGGUGGCAUUCCGUUCACGCACAAAGCGUCCCUGCGCUGGGAGAUCCUCCAACCAAAGACGAGAUUACGGCGAGUGCUUAUCUUUAGCUACGAAGAUUUACUUGUGUCUUUUGGGGGAGCAGUGGCGCUUUUUCUGGGAAAGAACGGAUUCUAUCUAUCAAAGAUUGUAGAGUUUUUUGUCGUGGAACUGUGUGGAUGGUUUAGACGAAACAUUUUUACUCGCCGUUUACAGAAAAGAUCACGCAUCAAUGUGGUUAAACCAGCAAAACCUACGUAG